AUUUUGCUCAUAAUAUCAUUAAAGUGACCACGUAACACUUCUCACAGAGAACACAGCUUGUGUCUACACAUGUCAGUUAAACUAUGGCGGAUGAUGCCGUCAUUUUGUUUGUUUACUUAGUGAUUACAAACGUUAAACCUUCAGAGUGCAGCUAUUAUUUAUCUUAUUCCAAUUCCAACAGCACAGCCUCGGACAAAGAAGCGACUGUGGCAGGAAUAAUACUGGGCGUCCUGUUUGCUAUAGGAAUCCUUACAGCGGGAGGAAUAUGCAUUGCCAUUUUCUGUUGUAAAUCUAAGGCGGCUGGUUCCCAGCUGGUUAGCCAUGGCGACAGAGCCCCUCCCUCCAGCACCACCAUCACUUUUGUCGACAAUGGCAGUCCACCAGGCCGGCCUAGUUUCUCACUGCAUGCCCAAGGCCCGCCUCCGUACCAGUCUCUGUAUCCUGGGUCGCCUCCACGGCUUACCACCAGACAACAGGCGCUGCCCUCAUCACCUCCUCCAGUUUAUUCUGAGACUUAAGUGAUGAUAGACUCAAGAGAACUACAAAGUGUUCGCCGCGGCUUGACCACGGAUCCGACACGACCUUUGAUAUCUACCCUUAAACCGACUAGUAACACGUAUCAAGUUACCAAGUUUAGUGACAACAGUAUUUCAACAGUAUUAUAAGACAGAAAGAAAACAAGAUUCCAUGUUGCAAGUCAUAAAGACCUAGAGAAAUAAAUCCCAUUGUUCUCAUCG